AUGUGUCCGGAUAUAUGUUAUUUCUACGAGGGCACCGACAAAGCUUCCAGCCUACAGAACGCCAUAACUGAACUCGUCAAAAAUGAUGCGGAGAUCCUCAGUAAAAGACCGAAGGAAGAUGUCGAGAUCAAGGACUUUGAGGAGACAACAACGAAGGAAGAAAUCCUCGAAGCUUUGAAGAAGGCUGCUGGAGACGGUUCCGGAAUUUCGGUGAAUGCGGUCAAGUCAUUGCGGAAGGAAUACGGAGGUACCCAGACGGCCUGGGUGAGACUUCCGGUGGCAACGACGACCAAAAUCUUCGGAGAACACGGCAAAAUCAAGGUCGGGUGGGUCAACUCCCGAAUCAGAAGAUUGGAGAGACCCCUGAAGUGCUUCAAGUGCUGGGACUUCGGGCACCUCUCCAACAAAUGCCCAAGUUCGGUUGACCGCUCCAAAAGCUACAUUAAAUGGGGUGAAGACGAUGAUCUGCUCGCAAAAUGCAAGAAAGACGCCAAAUGCGUCCUUUGUGUCGCGAAGAGUCGCAUGGACAACUGCGCUCACAUUGCUGGCAGCGGUAGAUGCCCAGUGUAG